AUGGAGUGGAGACAGCAGUCUGCGGUGGGUUAUGAGACUACUUACUCCGAAGCACAGAGAUGGAUAGAGGCAGUUAGUAAGAAGUUUGGAAGCAGUACUUUCCGGAUUUCUCUAGAGAAUGGAGUUCAGUUGUGUGAUUUGAUCAACAAGAUCAAGCCUGGCAUCAUAAGAAUACUAAACAGACUAUCCACACCUCUUGCUGGGCUGGACAACCUCACCCUCUUCCUAAAAGCCUGUGUCAGGUUUGGACAAAAAGAAGCCUAGCUUUUCCACCCAGGAGACUUGCAAGACUUAUCCACACAUGUAACUGUCAAGUGUGAAGAGUGCACCCGGAGACUUAAAAAUGUUUUGAUCACCAUAUAUUGGUUGGGCAGAAAGGCACAUGCUGAUCCUUUUUGUAAUGGGCCUUACCUAAAACGAAAGGCUUUUGAGUGAUUGAUUGGAACAGCACUAUACAAGGCACUCGAGGACUGCUCAUCACUGCAGGGCAGUGUGCAAAACAGCUCUUGUAGUUAUAGCUGGUACUGAGAGCUCUUCCCAUUACGGGCCGGACACAAGAGAGAAGACUCCCUAGACAGCCUCGACUCACUAGACUCCAGAAGCCAUAGUGCAUCCUCUGACGCUACGCUCAAAGGCAGCAGAGAGGGUUUUGGAAGUGACCCUGAAGCAGAGCUAAGCUUCAUGAUGUCAGUGAAUAAAGAAUACCGCCGCUCGCUGGUCUUAACUCCCAAGACCACUACUUCGUUCAACCAAUUCCUGCCCACCAAGGACAAGCAGUCAGGCUAUGUUCCAGCACCCUUGCGCAAGAAACGCGCAGAGCGAAAUGACGACAACAGACGAAGCUUGGGAAGUCCUCUGUACACAGAUGAGGAUGGCACUUUCACAAGUCAUGAGAGGGCAGGUCCAGAUCCCUCCUCUAUCACAAAGAUGAAAUCCCAGACCUCCAUACCAGCUGCCCAACUGUCUUGGGCUUUUGAGUAUGAUGGCAGUGAUUCAGAUGCUGAUCGGCCAGACCCUGAUGUGGUUCUUGAUGACCUCGCUAUCCAUAGAUUUCACAGCCCCUCCCCGGUCACGCUGACCGACUUUGCCUUACCCAUGAACCCAAUGGAAGCAGCUUCUAUCCCACAGUGCACCUUGUCCCAGGUGGCUGUCACUAAUGUGCCGAGGCAGACACUGACCGACCUCAGCAGUCAGUUACAGCCUCUUCAGAGGUCUUAUAGGAGGCCCGUGUCUGCUGGCGUCUGCAUUUACGAUGACUCCGACGAAGAGGGUGAUGAGCUUGGCGAUGCUGACCCUGUUCAAGAUGACCUUUAUGCCCGAAAAUUUGGCCUGAUUCCACAACACUCUGCGAUGGUGCCUUAUAAUAAAUGUCUGCCCAAGUUCUGGACACCUGAGGAUGAUAUACAUGUGAAGAAGAUCAAACUUGGAUCCCAGCACCACCCUUGGUAUAGAAAGAUCCAAGGAUUCAGCCGCAAGAAGUCAGGUUCAUCCUCAGAAGACUCAGACUGUGACGUCCGUCCCAGGCUCUCUGUACCCUCUUUCUCUCACACUCAGUCUGAGCCCCCUCCCUCUCACCCCCAUGCACCUGAAGGCCCCAUCUACUGCAGCCUCACUUUCACUGCCAGUUCUCAAACACAACCCCCUGUGGUUGCUCAGCAGAGUGCUGGGCUUCCUAAGAUAAGGCCCCCUAAUUUUUGGCCCAGGCCGGAUCCCACCUCUGGCCCCAGACUCGUAAAAUGUGAAAAGCAUCCACUCCUUGGGCGUGAACACCCUAACGACCCUUACAAUGUUUCUGCAGACAUCCUGCCAGACUUUGUAAAUGAUGAUAUGUUUACACGGCGUACAAACACCUUCCACUUCAGUAAUGACCUGGCAAAGUUGAAGUACGGUAAAUUCCUAGCCCCUCGUUGCAGAUCAGAGGCUGAUGUUAAUGUGGUAAUUCAGCCCCGCCAUGAGGCUGAACCUGUUUACCCUGACUUGGAAAAAGAUGAUGUGGUUUUUCGAAGGGUUCAACAGCAAAACAAUCAGCGCCCUCUGUCUGGGGCCCCUGAUAACUAUCACCCUGUGCCCAUUCCAGAGCCAUGGACUUUGCCACAAAAACUGCAGGCCAAGCUGCUGUGUACCCCAUAUGAAACCAGACAGAAAAAACCCAAGCCAAAGACUAAACAGGAAGUAGAAGAGCACCUGAAAACAGAUGAUAUGCUUCUUAGGAAGCUAAGAGCAUUUAAUACUCAAGGAACAGCAAACCUUUCCCUUGCAAGACACAGUUUAGCUCUUACUCAAGGAGGUCCCAGUGUUCCCUUCUCUUGCAAUGAGGAAGACAUGCAGAAAUGGCAAACCAUAAGAGAGGCCAGUCAUCUGAGAUACAGGAAGAGGCUGUUGGUGGAGAGACUGCAUCAGAACAUCUCUGGUAGUGAUGGGAGCAAAUCAGUGAGUGACAUCACAGAGGAUCAGAUAAACUCGAACUUGAGCAACUUGAGCAAGGAAGUCCGUUUUGAAGAACUGCGAAAAUUGCACAUUCAGUUGAAGGAGAGUGAGGAUAAGUGGCAGGAUGAUCUUACAAGGUGGAAGAACAAACGCAGGAGUGUGAAUUCUGAUAUUGUGAAGAAAAAAGAGGAUAGAGAGCAGAUUGAGCAGAUCACUUCUAGCAGCGGCCCCACGAAAUCAAAAACCUUCAAGGAGAUGCAGGAUAAGAGAGAGAACCGAGGGAAAGACAACUACAAUAACAGCUUUAACACAAGCGUUGAUGAUGUAUUUGAAGAACCUGUGCCCAGAACCAGAACUCUGCCACCACGUAGCUAUACCAUUGACGUCCCUUACGCCCCAAUGGACAAACCUUCAGUACCCUCUGUGCCAUCUCUGAUGAAAGAGGAACCUGUCGCUGGCACCCUGGCAUCAGAACAGAUCGAUUUUCCAGCCAAAUGUGAUCGCUCCAGCCCAGAGAUCCCUCUUCAUGUGACAAACAACAUUCAACACAGCCAAACAACUACCCGAAGCCUUCUGGAUGAUCCCAUUCCAGCCAUUUCCAACAGCAACACCAGCCUCAAGCCCACCAGUAUAAGUAAACCAAACACCAGCAGCACCAUUCUGAACAGCUCUCAACAGUUGGAGCCAAUUAGCACCACUAAGCCAGUUGAGAACUCCAGUGGCCCCAUAAGCUCUUUGUUUAAGUCCAGUUCAAUGGAGACAAAGCAGCCUGGGCUGGAUCGAGUUUCUGCCUCCCUCCCCAGGAGCUACCAGAGAUCAGAUAGCGCAAGGCUCACCUCUGUAAUCACUCCCAGACCAUUCGGCACACAGUCCAACCGAAUCAUCUCCUUUCCCAGAGCAUUCACGAUGGAUGACUCUCAUAAGCGCAUGAAUGGAGGGACUGACAGCAUCAAGAAAUCUAUGGUUCCCAACCGCUAUGCUCAGUAUGUGAUGGAGGAUGAUGAUUUCUCCCAGGGAACCCCUCUGCAGAGCAAUAAUGCAGAUGAGGAGGAGGAGACCCCUUCUCCUGUCCCUCCAGUCAACAGGGCGUCUCCCCUGCCCAAAGCUUCAUCUGUGAUCAACCCUGCUAAUGAGGUGAGCUACAGUGACAUGAGAAUCAGCCUGAACCAGAAACCCAACAGCAGCCAAGACUUUGGCUUUCAGACUGACUGGGACUCUACAGGAGUCAGUGUCAAAUCUGUAGUGCCAGGUAGUCCAGCGGAGCUCGGUCAGGUGAAGUUUGGAGAUGAAAUCCUUACAGUGAACGGACACAGUGUGGCAGACAUGAGCUAUAUUGAGUGGAAGACUAGUAUGGAGGAGUCUUUGCAACAGGGUAGUCUGCUCAUGGACAUACGCAGACAUGGCAGGAAUAGUUCCCCUGAGUCAUACCUCAGCACCAUCCUGGAUAAGGACACCGCUGUGAAAGCCGUAAACGUCAGCUCUCAUCCUGGCAAUAAUUUUGGCUCGAAUGGGAUAAAUGGUGGUUUUGGCAAUGAAUCUGGGACCAUGAAUAAUAAAGAAUCUGAAUCCAUUUCUUUGAAAAACUUAAAAAGGAGAUCAGAGUUUUUUGAACAAGGCUCUGCAGGGCUCACAGUCAGUUCUCUGGUCUACCUCUGUGGUGGCUCUGAUACAGCAAUAUCAGAUCUGCCCAUGCCCUCCAUAUCUGCAACCUCAACCCGCUGGUCCUGGGACCCAGAGGAAGAGCACAGACGACAAGAGAAAUGGCAGAAAGAACAGGAGCGUUUGCUUCAGGAGAAGUACAAGAAGGACCAAGAAAAACUUGAUGAGGAGUGGAGAAAGGCCCAGCAGGACAUUUUGAAGGAGAGCUCUAGAAACCAUGAGGAUGAGUUCAGGUCUCUGGACAGACACAGACCCUACAGACAGUCUACUCCUCCUUGGGAAGAACUUGAGACCUCCAGAUUAGCCCAGCAAGAGGAAGAGAGGAAGAAAAGACAGGAUGAAAUGCAGCAUUUAGAGAAAGAGAGGCGAAAAAGACAGGAACAAGAACACCUUGAGAAAGAGAGGAAGAAGAGAGAAGAGGAAGAGUGCCUCCGUCAGGAAAACGAGAGGAGAAGAACAGAUGAGGAGGAGAGGAAGCGACUGGAAGAGCAGAAGAGGCUUCAGGAGGAGAGAGAUAAGGUGGAUGCCUAUGGCCAUACCAGUGUUUACCAUGACUUAUCCUACACACACAGGGCCAUAUCCAAAUCCACUCCAGAGCUUGAUGAGGUUACAAAACCAGAUAUUAAAGGUGUGUAUGGCAGGCACAGGGGUUUGGCUGGAUGGCUGUUGGAGGAGGAAAUGAGGCGAAAGAAAAAUCCUCAGAUUCAGAGGCAGCUGGCUGCAAGUGAGCUAGAGCUCGAGAGGAGGAGCAUCCUCAAUGCCAUGAAAUACAGAGACCCGGAUAGAGCUCCAGCAGCAAGCGGUGGUCUGGGUGAAGUUGGUAAGAAAGAGCCGCUCUCUCAGUCUGAGGUGGAUAGGCAGCAGAUCCUUCAUGAAAUGAAGAAGAAGACUCCCUUGCACACAGACAACAGCUGGAUUCGUCAGCAGAGCACUUCAAACAACACUGACAAAGAAACUUUCAGCCUGACAAUCAGGAGGGGUGAGUCUCUUGACAACCUUGAUAUGCCUCGUUCUUCCUGGAGGUCAUCUGACAGCACCUCGUCUAUACCAGACUACAGCCGACCUCACUCUGCCCUCUCUGGCUCCUCGUCCUACCAUAGUUGGCGUCCAGGGUCUGCCACUCUGCAGGCAUCUCAGUCCAUGAGCUUCCUGAGACAGUCCUGGUCCCAAUCCUCCCCCACCUCAACAACUUCUCCAGAGCCACAGCCUCAAGCUCCACCUCAGAAUAGGUCAGUGAGUGGCAGCAAAAUCUGUUCGUUCUGUAAUACACAACUGGGCAAGGGAGCGGCCAUGAUCAUCGAGUCCCUGGGACUCUGUUAUCAUUUGAGUUGUUUCAAGUGCAUUGACUGCAAGUCGGAUUUGGGAGGCUCAGAAUAUGGAGCAGAAGUCAGAAUACGAAACCAACAGCUUUACUGUAACUCCUGCUAUAUGCGACUCAAAACUGGGCAGCCCACUACCAUGUGACCUUGCUGUAUUGCAGCAGAUUGAGGAGGAACCAAUCACAGACAAAGGACCUGUAAACACUAAGGGUUUGCUGGAGAAGUGAUGAACAUUGAGUGGUUUAGCCAGCCUUGAUUAUUCAGUGAGCUUCUAUUCUUCGAUUCCAAAGGCUCUGUUUAUCUGAAAGUAUUAGUAAUUAUUUGUACAAAAGGGAUGUGCAUGUACCUGAAAAUUAACUAUGCUAACACUGUCUUUUUCAUCAUUGAAAGAUUCUGAUGAUUUCUGGUUGGCUUAACUGACAUCUGUGUGAUCCUAAAAGUAUUUAUAUUAAAAUGAUAGAUAUUUGCUAUUUUAUUUUCAUUGCUUAUCUAGGUUUCUCCUGCUGUCUUUGCUUUAUAAGAUUUUGCUGACUAAAAUAUCCUGUUAUAUCACCUCAUCUGUGUGCCUUUUUUGUUUUAAAGGGGAAAGAUGAUUUAGGAGAAAUCCAUUACAAAUGUAUUUAAAAGUGGCAUGGCUAGUAAGAAGCACUCAUGACAUGAGUUAUAUACCCUUUCAUAUGUGGUUGAAUCUAUUUUAUGUAUCUGCAAGUUCUCUGCGGAGUAAAAAGAGACGAAUGUGGACCUGAAGCAACUUGGCAAUAAUUGUAAAUAAAAUUACUAAGCAAUAAAUCCCUCCAGGUUGUGAAUU